AAGCGCGCGCACUUCCAACGGCCGAGAAGGAGCUCACGAGGGGGGGGGGGACAAAAUGGCGUCGUGCGUGGCCUUCCAGCAGCUGCGAGACUUGAUAGAGACGCAGGAGGCUUUGCUGGAGAGGCUGAGGCGGCAGAUAGCAAUGCAGAAAGAAAACUCUGUAAGCAAGGUGGAAUAUGAGGCUAUUAUAAGGAAACUGCAGAAGGAAGAGGAAGAACAUGCAAAGACAAAGAGUAAUCUAGCUAUGGAAUCCGAACAGCUGGAAUUUGCCCUUGGGGAGAUUGAUGUUCUGUCAAAGCAACUUGAGAGGGAGAAACAAGCUUUUGACACUGCACUUUCUCGGGUAAAAAGCAAAGUGCAGAAGGAAUCAAUCCAAAAAGACAAGCUGUUGAGCAAAUGCGCUGAAAUUGAGACCCAUAUUCAAAAACAGGAGGACGUUCUGAACUACAAAGAAAAUGAGAUCAAGGAGCUGCAGAACUUCAUCAACAACCAGAAGCAAACAUUAAAAAAACAAGCAUCUGAAUUCAAGAUACAAAAACAACAGGAAAGUUACAUAGCAAAAGUGCUUGGGAGAAAGAACAAGAAGGAUUUGAAAUAACCAUAGAAGCAUUCCCUUAAGUCA